UUUCGGCGGCGGCGGCCCCCUUUUCCGAUUAUAGGAGGAGGAAAGAUGGUUCGCCCCCUCUUCCGAUUAGAGUUGGGGAUGGGUUGAAUAUUAAAAAAAACAAAAACAUUUGUAUACAUGUCAUGUAAUUACACGCACAAAUUUUUUUUCGAGCGGUGAAAAGAUGGUCCGCGUCGACCCGAAUCCUGCCGCCCCUCCUCUUCCUUUUUCGCGUCCUCCGACUUUGGGAAGGAGGAGGAGGAGGAAAGAUGAGCGGCGGCGGAGGGGGAAGUAAGGGCGACGAGGCAGCGGACUGCCCGGAUUCGGAGAUCUACUCCACUCUCAUGGAUCCCAACGAGACCGUCCACCGACACCUCUCCCAAGGUGGAUUUGGCAGUGGUAAGGAAGCUAUAAACAUUGGCGAAGGUGGAUAUCUUUGUUUUUCGACACCACCAUCGGCUUUCAUGGAUCAAGUCAAAUUUCAGGAGUUCAUCCUGAUGGACAGGAUAUUUGUCCAGAUAGGCUUAAAAGGAAAUGAAGCUACAAUGAAAAAGUUUGAGCAGACUGCCAACAAGAUAUUGUAUAAACCUAGCUGCCAAGUGUUUCUUCUCAGCCCAUGGCUUGCUGUCAUGGACUGAUUGGCAUGCGGUAUCUCAAAAGACAGGCAUAGCAGAUCAUGUUGGAUCCUCAUCUUCAGUUGUUUUUGAUCUACGUCUAUAAGAUUUUAGAUAUUUAUUGAUCGAAUUUUGUAAGAAAGCCAUUGUUUGAAUGGUUUCGAGGUGCAUUAGGGAAAUUAUAUUUUACUUAUUCACCUUGUUGAAUUUGCAAGACGGCUCUUUUUCCUCGUGAAGUGUGAGAGCAAGCUGCGCAAAUAUAAUUUAGUCGUGUUAGAUCGUGCUAUAGAGAGGCAAUACUAUUUCUGGUGGUGUUGUUCCUGCUUGGUUGUUGUUUCUAAGCCCAGAGGGGUUGGGCACAAGCAACCUUGGGAACUUUGGCGUUGGUCGAAACCCAUUUCAACCAGGGGUAAGCGAUAUGACAAGGACGAGUCCGAUUGAGUUAUUAAUGGAUUUGGUCAGAGCCCUUCUCGCUUGGCGACCUUGUUGCUUAGCCA